CCCGGCUCGGUGGAUGAAACCAGCUCACUAAAUCAGCUAACGAGACAAAGCAAACACACACUACACAAGCAAACAUGGUGAAGAUCACUUUCCAGCCAGUUUCGGCGCAGAAGCAGGAAAAAGAGAUCGAUGAAGACAAGAUCAUUAUACCUCAGGCUCACGAGCAGCUGGUUCUUCCUGUCAGGACCAAGAAGCCUUUUCCAACCGGCCUCUGCUGCCUUACCUUUGGCCUGGUGGUCUUCCUGUCAGGACUGGUGCUGGCCUCUGUCUACGUCUAUCGCUACUACUUUAUACCUCAGAUCCCAGAAGACAGCUUGUUUCACUGCCGGGUGAUUUACGAGGACUCUGUAUAUGCUCCUCUGAGGGGCCGUCAAGAACUGGAGGAGAAUGUCGGCAUCUAUCUUGAUGACAACUAUGAGCAAAUCAGUGUACCCGUGCCACACUUUGGAGGCAGUGACCCAGCUGAUAUCAUCCACGACUUUCAGAGGGGGCUCACAGCUUAUCAUGACAUUGCUUUGGACAAAUGCUACAUCACAGAGCUGAACACAACCUUGGUGAUGCCUCCACGGAACCUGUGGGAGCUGCUCGUCAAUGUCAAGAGAGGGACGUACCUUCCUCAGACGUACAUCAUCCAGGAGGAGAUGAUGGUGACGGGGAGGGUGAGAAACAUGAGGCAGCUGGGCCCGUUCAUCCACAGACUCUGCUACGGCAAAGAAACCUACCGCCUCAGACGCCGCAAUCAGCGCAGACGUAUUGAGAGGCGCGAGACAAAGAGGUGCCACAGCAUUCGUCACUUCGAGAACACUUUUGUGGUUGAGACCGUCAUCUGCGACAGGCUCUAAAUCUGAGGCGGAAAUCACAGCCAUCCAACUCUGAAGCCAAUUUAAAACCAUACCUCUUGAAUUCUUUAGGCUUUUAACUGCACUUUAAGAGCAAGUCUUUGUCUGAUAGUUUUUUCUUUUCAGUGUUAAUGUUUGUUUUUUUGUUUCAAGUUGGAAAUGCUCUUUUAUGGUUCGUGUACAAUGUCAAUGUCUUUUUUUAUUCAGACAGUCUGUAUAUUUGGACAAUGUUAUAAAUGUGUUUGGAUAUAUCUGUAGCUUGUCAAGCUGUGCAUAUGAUGUUAAUGUGUCCGUAUGUGACAUUUUCAUCAAAGGACUUGAUUUAAUUUGAUUUUAAACUUGUCCUAUUAUUUUUUAUUUAUUAUUUAGUAACUCAGUGCACUGUGAAUGCUGCUUGCACGGUGUACUCAUGUUAUAUUUGUUUAUGUUUGUUCUUUUCUUUUGAAUGUCAGAAAAUGGCAAAACAUACCUCAUGUAGUUUAGAUGUUUCUUUGCUUGUUUGUAUCAUUCAUGAAUGGUGUAUAUACCUUUGAUUGUUCCUAAGCAAUAUAUACUGUAAAUUGAUUUUCUUCUGGAUUUCAUAUUGUUACAUGCAUAGAUUUUUAUCUAAAAUCGACUUGUUUUGUGAAUGAUUUCUUUCUGGUUUGUCUCUUAAAUUCCUUUGGUAUCACACUUUCCUACUCCUUGGAUAUAAUGGCUUUAGACUGUAAUUGGUAGCAAUGCUUUAGAUGGACAGAAGGAACCAAAGUCUGCAGUCAGCGAUGCUAUGCUUAAUGUAGAGGAUAUAUGACAUAUUUAGAAGGAAUUGCUUUUUUAGUUUAGAUCACUUACUGUAGAUGAUAUCAAAGGCUAAAUCUCAUUUUGUCUUGCUCUUCCUCCUUCACUUGGAUUUUGCCUGUUGUCUUAAGCAGGACCACUUCCCCAAUCCUUUCUAUCUUGGCAUUAUUAUCUCUACAAUGUUGAUUUGUCCCAACUUAAAAAAAAAAAAAAAGAUUUGGGGUGUCUUUCAAACACACUGGAGCAAAAAAGUCUCUGAUGAGAGAGACCCAUGAUGUGCUCGUCAUCCAUCGUCCUGGGUACUUUAUUUCGAUGUACAGUCGAUUUUUCUUGUAAUAUCUCGCUGCUGUAAAAAAAUAAAUGAUCAAACUUU